AUGGACACCUCCGAGGUGCCGCCCUACGAUGACGGGGGAGGGUCGCCGACCCAGGUCAACGAAGGCCGUAGCUACGACCGAUAUGACGAUCCGACGUCGUUGCCAACGCAGGAAGCCGGCAAUGACUUUUUGGACCGCUCGUUGGACGAGAACGAGAGCGGUGCUGUCAAGUUUGGAUCGAUUCGCUCCAUGGAGCUAGACUUUGAGUCGCCAACGACCGAUCACGUCGAUGGCCGGAGGCGAAACAACAGCCUGUCACGUUUCUUCCCGAACUCGGACAACGACCAGCCGGCCACCACAACAACGGCAAUCGACUUCGGCUUAGAGACGCCUGCGCAGCCCAAAAACCCGUUUGCAGGCAAGUUCCAGACGCCGCUUGUGGCCGGGUCUCAGCUUUUUGCGGCAACACCCUUUUCGGCCGCGCUCAACCAGGUCAGCCCGACAUCAUCUCGACCGUCACCGGCCGGGCUCAUCCAGCAACCGGCGGCGACGACGACGACAACGCCUCAUACCGGCCUCUCCUCGCCGACCAAACUCCGCUUCUCUAACCUUGGCGAGCAGACGCCCAUGCCCGCAGUCCUGUUCCACACGCUGUCCACGUCAUCCACCUCUCGCUUCGAUGGCACCACGCCAUACCCGAACAAGGUGGCUGGUAGCCCGACCAAAGGUGCGCCGCAGUCGAGCCCGACCACGCGCAGGAGGCGAACUCCCGCCCCCAUCACAGAAUACGAGUCCAUGAGGAAGUCUCAGGAGCGGCGAGAGGCUGCCGAGGCUCGGCCCGAGCGUGCUGGAGGAUAUGCGUCGUCGAGCUCCGACGACGAGUCGGACGAUGUAAGACGGCAACGCAUUGUUCGCCAGAAAAAGGAGGCGGCCACGAGGAUCCUGGCGACGGUCAGCAUGUCUGGCCCGACAUUUCGCGGCGAUAUCGUCGAAGUGCCUGCGUCCGUAAAGAAGGACGCUCGGCCACGGUCACAAGGCGGCCAGCAAUCUAGCCCCCGCGGACUUGCGGUAUACCCGGAGAGCGAUCCUCCAGUCCCCCAGGCGCCGCUGACGUCUGGCACUGCUGCAAAGGCAACGGCAGCAGCACCUUCUCCACCGGGGCCACGGUCGAGCGAGGCAUAUGAUGAUACUAGCUUUCCACAAUCGUUGAUCGACCGACCCACUCUGGAGAUUUUACCGGCCACCAAAACUCCAUCGUCUUCGGCAGCAUUGCCCGAAUUUCCUCUUGCCGGCCAGAAUACGACGGGUCUACAUUUAAAGAGCAGUCUGAAUGAGACCGACGCCAUCCCUGAGACGAGCCCUGCUGGCAAAUGGCCGGUGGCUGUCUCGGCCAGUGGGCAGACGGCCAGCCGAGAAAUCGUUCUGUUGACGUCCGAUGCGGCUGAAGCCGCGGUGGUGCCUGCAUCGAGUAUGCCCGAGCCUGCCUUGCCUUAUCAGAAACAAGACAUGUCGUCUUCACCGGCAUAUGAACAACGAGACAGGCGACAUGAAGAAGCGGAAGAAGUGGUGUCGUUGCUUAAGCAGGCUGCCCGCCACGAUCUGAAAGCCGAAUUGGCUACAUCGUCUCCGCCCGUUCCGACACCACCUGCUCGUAGCAAUCGGCCACCACAAAGGAAAAAAGCCCGGUAUAAGACCGAGAAUGAGGGGCGAAGCAGCGGCCACAGCAGCGGCCGUGCAUCGUUGGCAGCCUCCGUCUCAUCGAUGGACCGGUCGACCUCUAGUCUCAGUGAUUUGUCUGUCACACCCACACAAGUAUCGAGGGAAGGGACGCCCAUCACGGCCAACGACAGCGAUCUAUCAGCCCGGGGGUCUACCAAGAGACGUCACACGCCUGCUGCGACAAGCGGGAGCCGCAGCGAAGACGAUGAUGAUUUGCCACUCUUACCACAACGGCGACGGGCACGCGGCGACUCACCGCCCAUAUUUCUUCCCAAUAUGAUGCCACGGCUCGGCCGGGGCUCCUCUAGUACAUCCAGGGCCAUCAAGCCAGAGCCGUCCCCUGCACGAUCCGGCUCGACAGACGAGCUGUCUGCGUCGCCUGCCCUUCUGACAGCGCCCGACCGUGGCACGCGUUCCAGCCGAAGGUCUAUGAGAUCCACGGGUAUAAAACCAACCACCGUAGCACCGACGAAUCUCCGCGUCGAGGCGCCAGCAGCACCAGGCCUCUUUACCGGUAUGGUGUUUGCUGUCUCUUUCCAGUCCAAGAGCCACGAUGAAGCCAGUACCGAAUCGGCGAAGCACAAAAAGAAGAGCCUCGAAGGCCGCAUUCAGCAAGCAGGCGGGCGCAUCCUGCCUGACGGAUUUGAAGACAUUUUCCAGCCUCCCCCGACAGCGGCCGGCACCAGCUCGAUUAGCACUUCGUCGCGCUCACGGGCCACCCUCGACACAGUCAGCAAGGGCAGCAGCGACGAGCUGCAGCUUCUACCAAGUGCGGCCGACAGCGGUUUCACAGCCUUGAUCGUCGACGGCCAUUCGCGCAAGGCGAAAUACUUGCAAGCCCUCGCACUGGGCCUCCCUUGCCUUGCGCCGCGCUGGGUGACGGCCUGCUUGGACCGCGGCGAGAUUGUCGACUGGGCCCCGUACCUGUUGUGCGCCGGCGAAUCGGCCUACCUAGGCGGUGUCGUUCGGUCUCGGAACCUGGCACCAUACGAUGCGGCUGCUGUGCGCCUUGCCGAUGUCGUGAAAAGGCGAAAACUGCUCUUGGACGGCCUGGCCAUCUUGUUCGUGCCCGGCAGGGCGUCGAAGGAGACGACGUUCUUGGCGCACGUUCUCGGCGCCCAGCUGUCGCACGCGCAAAGUGUCCAAGAGGCCCGCGAACACCUCAAGGCAAUGGAAGACGCAGGGCGCCCCUUUGACUGGGUGUACACAGGCCAGGAGAAAGAGGUUGCCGGGCUCUUUGGGGACCGCAUCCGGCCUGCUGCCAAGAAGCGCAAGCGUCCGCCCUCUGGCGACGACAUAGACCGUGGCGCGUCGCCGGUGAAGACGUUGGGCGUCGAGCGCCUGAUACAGAGCCUCAUUUUUGGCGAGCUUAUUGAAGAAGACGAUUUCGGCGGGCCAGCAAGGACUUGA